AUGUCGGGUAACCUUCUGGCGAAGAUUCUUCUAAAUCUCAUAGGCUCAGAGACAGCUGUCAAAAGGUCGAAGGCUCCCAAACUACAUACUAUCGCAUCCAGAGAUGGUGUCAUUCGCACCCUGUCCAAUGUGAUCAAACAAACCUUCUUGCUCGGGAUUCGGGAGUCUAUGCUAACACGCGCUGUGCCGCAUCGCAGAUUUACAGCAAGAUUGCAGAACACAGCUCUGACUCAACAAGAUGGUUACGUCAGAUCUGAGAGUUGGAAAUGUCUGGAGCCGUUGGCGCCAUCGUCUACCGUUACGUUGUCAUGGGGCUUCAACAAUAAGCAUGUAUGCAUGGAAGGAAGCCCUUCGUACAACAUUCAUGGCGCGGUCGUUGUCAGGUGUAGAGCACAUGAUGCAGGAGAAUACUCCUCGGCGUGCUUCCUUGCUGGGGGGAUGAUUCAUGUGAUGCCACGGACGGCUCGCUUAUACCGCGCUGGGCUCAACUUGAUCAUGGAGAGGGAGUGCGCGACGCGUUCUAGUCAUGUGUUAAUCGUAGGAGCCGGGCCCACUGGGCUUGUGCUUGCGCUCGCGCUUCUGAAGAACAACAUAUCAGUGCGUGUGAUAGAGAAGGCAGAAAAUAUCCCGGUCGGUCAACGCGGUGCGGUUAUCAUGGUCAGUACCAAAGUCAAGCGGUACCUCCGAAUGUUAACGAGAGCACUAUACCAUAACAAGCCGCGUUCUAUGGAGCUAUACAAUCUACUUGGAGUCUGGCCGGACAUACAACAUCGUGCGAAGGUCCCGCCGCUCAUGCGUGUGUAUAAGCUGCCUGGCGGCGUAGAGCCCGUUGUCACUUUCGCAAUGGACCCGCAUGUUGAUCCUACUCCGUCGACGCCUUUUAUGAAUUUCUGCAUGUUUGGCCAAGACCACGUGCAGGAAAUCCUAGUUGACCAUCUUGUCCGGCACGGUUGUGACGUAGAAUUCGGCACGGAACUGUGCAGCUUUGAGCAGAAUUUGGACACCGUCACUGCACACGUUCUUCAUAGGCGAGGUGAUGAAGAGAUCAACGAGCACAUAACCUGCCGUUGGCUGAUGGGGACUGAUGGGGCUAGGGGAAUUGUGCGGAAGCAGCUCGGGCUUUCGUUUCCUGGGGUCACUCUGCCUCUCAGUCGUCAUCUUAUAAUCGGUGAUAUUGAGGUGAAGGGGUUGGAUCGUGAGGUGAGCCGACGAAUGCUCUCUCUGUACAUGCUCGGGCCUCAUUCUCGCAAAGUAUUGGCAUUUUGGGGAGAUGCCGAUACGGUCUUCGUUACCCUGCGUCCUACCGAAGACGAAGGAUAUUUCUCAAUCUUCUCUGGCGGAAAUAUAGACAUCCCCAAGGCAGUAGCCGAACCCGACGAGCUUCUUCGGGUGUUGCGUGCUGGAACCGGCAGAGAUGACAUAGACUUAGGUGUUAUCAGGUGGAUCUCGGAGUACAGGCAAGUCCUAGAAUGGGAUAACCAUGCAGCCAGCUGA